GUCGCGCUGCCUGUUAGAAUACUCUUUUAUUUUGAAAGCAAAAGAUCAACUACUUUUGCCUGGUGAGGAGUCCAUCGUCCACAGAGCACAUCGAUAAAUCCAAUUGCUCUCUCUGCCUGGUGUAUGCUAAGCUAGCUAGCAAUGCGAAAAUUAUGUUUAGCAACCAGGGAAUUCAAGCCGUUCGUGUCGUUUUUAACAACACAAAAAACUGCUUUCUUCACCUCCCUUCCAAGUUGGUAGCGCAUCUUUCCUUGAACGAGAAUCAGGCGCUGGAAUUGUCCUGGGGUAACGGAUCUCCAGUGUUUCUCAGCUGGACUCGAAGUAGGGCCUCCUCCAGCCAGGAUGCUCACAGGGUGGAACUGUGUCGGCAACUUGGAGAAACGUUGGGUUUGAGAGACGGAGAGCAGGGCUUCCUCAGACCGUGUCAUCAGGUCUCAUCGCUGACUCAGGUGUUUGUGGAGCCGCUAUCGUCUGAUGACUGGGAGAUCUUGGAGCUCCACAGCUCUGCCCUGGAGCAGCAGCUGCUGGACCAGAUCAGGGUGGUUUUCCAAGGUGCUGUUCUUCCCGUCUGGGUGGACAACCACACAGUGAUCUACAUUCGAGUAGCGUCGCUCGCCCCUCAUGUGCCCUACGGCCGCCUGGAGCAGUUCACAGAGCUCGCCGUGUCUCCGAAGAUCCGCGCGGGAAUCGGCGCCCUCACAGAGUCUUUUGAGAAGUUCAGCAACAGCCCUGCAAACCUGCUCCCAUCCUCCUCGGAGGCGACAGCAGCGUCUUCCUCUCCUGAAAGCCGACGGUGGGGUGGCGUCGCUGACCUAAAGAGCCUGUUUCGACACGUGACGAAGGGCAGCUACGACCCGAUUAAAGAGCAGCCUCCUGUUCCGAACGUUCCCGCCAUCCUCCCCGACUCCAUCUACAGAGUGUGCAGCACGCCGCCGGACGCCCUUUGCACCGUAAAUCACGCCAACGCUGCUGCCAUUCACACUUUUCCCUGGAGCUUCUGCUGGAACGCCGCGCCGAGAGGAGGCCAGUCAGCGGUCACCUACGGCCGCCUUUCCAAAGUCUUAUCCCCCAGAGAAGCGAGAGACAAAAGUAAGCAGGCUGCGGAGAAACGGAAGCACGGCGGUGAAAGUGGCGCUUCGGAGGAGGAAGCUGUGGUGGUCAGGGUCGUGUGCCACUGCGCCGAGACGCAGGCGGGUCCCAACGAGGGAGGGAUCCACAGCGGGAGAGUCUGGAUCCCUCAGCCUCUGAGCAGCAAGUUACACAUCCAGCCACAUUCAACAGUGAGAAUAAAACCAGUGAAGUCGACCAUCAAAGUCGCCACCAGCGUUCACCUGCAGCCUCUGAGCCCUCAGCCCGAGGAGACCGACGAAGAGAUCCAGACGGCGUUCCUCAGCUGGCUGCACACUCAGAGCCACGAACCUCUGGCCUGUCUGACUCCACGCUGCAGCUCCGUCCUCCUACACGGAAACGACGAGAAGCUGGAGCUGGCUCUGACGGUGCUGCACCCGGAGCCGCUGAACGAUCCUCCCGACCAGCUUUUUCUUCUGGCGCCCACUGUCCUGCAGAAGGGAGACGUACAGGUGGACAGACAGCCAGUUGACCGACCUGCUGUGACUUCUUCUGAAGAAGCUCCUAAUCCAGAGCUCCCAUCUCCUCGUACUCUUGGUGGGAUUGAUGAGCUUAUUGGAACUGGAUUUGAGUUUAUUUCCAACAACCUUCUGGCCGGUCUUCUCUCAGGACAGCUUUGUACUCCUGGACGAGGCCUGAAGGGGGGAGCGUUGCUCGUCACCGGCGCUAAGGGCAGUGGGAAGAGCAGUUUGUCACGAGUGCUUUGCAGGAAAUCCAGAGACGACCUGGACGCACAUGUGGAAGUGGUGGACUGCAAAAAGCUUCAAGGCAAACGGGCCGACACUGUCAGACAGAUUCUGCAGGACGUUUUUGAACAGGCAGAGUGGAGGCAGCCGUCUGUUAUUUUGCUCGAUGACCUGGACCAUCUGACGCGUGCGCCAACCUCACCGGAGCACGAGCACGGACCCGAGGCGCUGCUGCAGCAGCACAUCGCCCAGGGUCUGAAGGAUCUGGUCGAUGAGGUGGUGGAGCACUCCAGCCUGGUGAGUCUGAUCAUCACCAGCCAGAGCGAACACUCGCUUCACCCGUCGCUCACGGAGGUGCAGGGCUCCCACUACAUCCAGGGAUUUAUCAGCAUCCAACCACCCGACCAGGCGCAGAGAUCAGAAAUCCUGCACCGUCUGAUCCUAAAGAAGUCCUUCCUGUCUGAUGCUCUUGACCUGGGAGCUGUUGCCAAGGAGACGGAGGGAUACACAGCCCAAGAUCUUGCUCUGCUUGUGGAGCGUGCAACCCACGCCAACGCCACACGAACAGGGCCGACUGGCCAAGCUGUCCGGCUCACACGGGGGGACUUUGCAGAGGCUCUGAACAGAUUCACACCUCCCUCAUUGUGGGGGGCGGACCUCCAUCCACCCAGGGGAGUCGGGCUGGAGAGGGUGGGCGGGCUGAGAGAGGUGCGACAGCAGCUGAUGGACACCAUCAUGCUCCCUGCCAAGUAUCCCAUCCUCUUCUCCCAUCUUCCCAUCCGACAUCGCUCCGGAAUUCUGCUGUAUGGAGCUCCCGGGACAGGGAAGACGCUGCUGAUCAGAGCUGUGGCUACAGACAGCGGCAUGAACUUCAUCAGCAUCAAGGGACCAGAACUUCUGAGUAAAUACAUCGGUGCCAGCGAACAAGGAGUCCGUGAUGUCUUCCAGAGGGCACAAGCUGCCAAACCGUGCAUCCUGUUCUUCGACGAGUUCGACUCCCUGGCCCCGAGGAGAGGCCACGACAGCACCGGCGUCACCGACCGCGUGGUCAACCAGCUCCUCGCCCAGCUGGACGGAGUCGAAGGGCUUCAGGGUGUUUACGUUCUGGCAGCCACCAGCCGUCCAGACCUGAUCGACCCAGCCCUGCUGAGACCUGGACGACUGGACAAGUCCCUCUACUGCCCCCCUCCAGACCAGGAGGCUCGCGUGGAGAUUCUGAAAGCUCUGAGCUCUGGCCUCUCUCUGGCUCCAGAUGUUGACCUGGAACAGCUGGCAGCGGCGACGGAGCAGUUCACCGGAGCAGACCUGAAGGCCCUGCUCUACAACGCGCAGCUGGAGGCGGUCCACAGCAGCCCAGCAUCACAUGAUCUGACCUCCGGCUCAGACAGCGACAUGAGCCUGUCCUCCAUGAUCUUCCCAAACCACGGCAGCGGCUCGGACGAUUCGGUGGAAGAGCGGGAUCAAAGUGUAACCUUGGACCCGUCCGCCGAGUUUCAGGCGGAGGACGAGCAAAGCAACGUCUGGAGGCUUUACUUCGGAAGUUCGUACGAGUCAGAGCUAGAUAACUCGCCUGCUUCCAGACAGAACUCCUGGUGUCUCUUUGGACCCAACACCACCCAUGAGCUCCCAGCAGGGUCGGUCCGAGAGCCGGUCAGCACUCUCCCUCCUGCCUUCAUGCCCUCCAUCCAGACGGGGUUCAGCGAGCUCGGCCCGGAGCAGCUGGAGCGCCUACAGCAAAACAUUCACAACAUCAAGAACAACUACAGGAAGUCCAAAGAGGAGUGUGUGUGCACUCGUUCAGCCUCCAGCCAGCCAGGCUUGCUGCUGGCUCAGGCGCACAUAAACUCCGCCAUGGCUUCGACCAGACCUUCCCUCAGCCCAGACGACUGGAGCAGAUACACAAGACUGUUCGAGGACUUUGGUGGUUCAGGAGACAGAAAGUCCCCUCCCUCCGUCACUUUUAAACCAGGACAACGUGUGACUUUAGCCUGACCUCACUGAGUAUAUUACCAAAUAAACUCUGGUCGUGCACAUUUCAUAAAUGAUAAACUAAAGGGACCGUUUUAGUGGGAGAUACUUAAACCAAGCAGGAGUACACAGCUUUGGUAAACUAACCGCAGAUUCACCUAAAACAGCAAACACAGUUUAUUCUGUUCCCGUCACUCAUUCCUGUUAUUUAGGGAUUCGACAGGUAGAAUGACAAGUCCGAUCUGAUGGCAGCGAAUGCUCAGCAGUUACAGAGCUGCUUGUUGGAGACGAUAAACAUCUCAUUCAUGUAAAAAUGACAUUUAUAGCGUCACUGGAACGGAUCAGGAAGUUAGCUUGACCCUGACAAAUACCUUGGAGUCACGCCACAUGUAGCUCUAGAAGAAAAUACGAGAUUUAUAAAGUGUUGUGAUUUCAUUUGAUUAACUUAUGAAUCAGUUUAUUUUGUUACAUAUUUAAAACAUUUUUUUUAAUAAAGCUGUGAAUAAUAUUUGUUUUAAUAAAUCAUUAAAAGCUA